GAAGCCACCACCAGCUGGCCACUAGCUAGAGUAAGUUCAACUGUUGGAACGUAGAGUUGUAAAAGAGUUUUGUGUAGUCGUCGUCGUUCUUGGUUCUCCGUUAUCGUCGUCGUCGCGUGAAUCUGCGCUUCUGCUGCUGUCCGUCUUCGUCUGCUAUUUCGCGUUUUUUUUUUUUUAUUCAACAAUUUUUGAUUUGCAAUUAUUAGCUUACAAAAUUUUGCAACCGACCGAUAAAUCUCGUCUUGUUUCGUAGAGAUUUUAUCAAUAUCCGGGCACUCGGGAUAUCGUAUUUCGCGCGUUUCAAUUUCAAUCUGAAAUCAAGAUUUUGUAACUCGAUCGGAUGGGAAAGUGAUGAAUGUUUAAAGUUUUCGUUAAAAAAUUAUUUAUUUAAAAAAAUAAUUGUGGAUACAAAUUAUCAAUUUUGGAAGCAAAGUUCCGUCCCACGACCAACAAAAAAACUCCUUUUGCUACUGAUCCUAAAAAAUAGGCCAAAUCACAACAAGCAGAAUUAAAUCUUUAUACAUAUUCUUUUGUAAAUGGAAUUUAUCUACACACAACAAACUUAUACUUAAAUGACACUGGAAACGGUCCAGAAUCCGGUCUAAAUGUCAAAACAACUGCAAAAGAUCUCAUCGAAUUCAAGUCAAAUAAAGAAACUAACCAACCAACUGGCAUCUAUGUACAAUGUACAUAUAUUUUACUAUUUUAACAUCAACAAUAGUUUCAACGUACACAAUCCGAUCCAUUGAUAUACUUGUAAUAAUAUUAUAAAUCAAAUGCAAUUAAUAUUGAAUAACUCAUUCAAUUAAAAUCAAUCAAAUUGCCAUCAUCAAUCUAUCUCCGUCGAAAUAAAUUUAAUCAAAAAAUAGUCAUAUUAAAGAAAAGAAUAAAACUAAAAACUUUUUCAUUGAAAAAGAAAAUAAAACACAAAAAAUCUAACGUGCGGUGGUUCAACAUCAUUCUGGAUCAUCAAGUCGCUUUUUCUUCUCUUUUAUAUUUCUUCAAAUAAAAAGUUACUCCUUGCAUAGUAAUUUAAUUCAAUUAAAUUACACAAACGAGCUAAAAUAAAAAGUAGAAAUAAACUUCAGCUGUUGAAUGGAAUUCGAAUUGAUUUUCUUCAUUUGGUAGCUAACACUUCAUCGAAUCAAAAAAUACAAGAAGGGUGAAGAAAAUCAUUCGAAGUUUUGUUUUUUAAUUCUGAAAACACACACUAAAUACAUACAACAACAACAAUAAAAUAAAACUGAACCAGCAUGGGAAACUCAUCGUCACAUACUCAUGAACCCUUAGAAAGAGGGUUCACCCGCGGCACAUUUGGAGACGUAAAAAAUGGGAAAUCCGCAUCAUUCCGUUUUAGUAAAAAAUCUCCGAAAAAAAUGGAUCGUCUUAGGCGAUCGUUUCGCGAUUCAUUCCGUCGCAGAAAGGAUCGCGUACCGGAAUCAUCAAAACCACAUCAAUGGCAGGCGGACGAACAAGCAGUCAGAUCGGCCACAUGCUCGUUUGCUGUAAAAUAUUUGGGUUGUGUUGAAGUAUUUGAAUCUCGGGGUAUGCAAGUUUGUGAAGAGGCAUUGAAAGUACUAAGGAACUCCCGACGUCGUCCAAUUCGUGGGCUACUUCAUGUCAGCGGUGAUGGGUUGCGUGUUGUCGAUGACGACACCAAGGGCCUUAUUGUUGACCAAACCAUUGAAAAAGUCAGUUUCUGUGCUCCGGAUCGCAAUCACGACCGUGGUUUCAGUUACAUCUGCCGCGAUGGCACCACUCGUCGUUGGAUGUGUCAUGGCUUCCUGGCCUGCAAGGACACUGGUGAGCGAUUGUCGCAUGCCGUUGGAUGUGCUUUUGCCGUUUGUUUGGAGCGAAAACAGCGUCGUGACAAGGAAUGUGGAGUAACGAUGACGUUUGAUAUGAAAAACUCAACAUUCACUAGAACUGGUUCAUUCCGCCAGCAAUCGCUCACCGAACGCCUGGCCAAUGCCAAUGAACGAGGGAUAGACAUCAAUGGCGGGACAACACCCUCGGCAGUGGUUCCACCUCAGCCCAAACCGUAUAAUCCUUUCGCCAUUGAGCGACCACACGCGAAUCCGACAAUGCUCGAGCGACAGGGUUCGUUCCGGGUUAUAGGUAGUCAGUCGCCUUUCAAACGACAAAUGUCGCUGCGAAUCAAUGAUCUUCCGUCCAAUGCGGAACGACAGAAGGCAUUUUUGGAUGCCGGUGGAGCCGCUCUCACUACUCCAAAUCGUAAUGUCUCGCCAAUUCCAGAGAUAUCCCCUUUGAGAUCGCUCACCGAAGUGGAUACUGUUAGCCAGUUGUGCCAGGAACUUAGCCAAGGAUUGUCAUUGUUGACCCAGAGCGAUUCAGACGAUCUGAAUUUCAACAAUAACCUGAGCAUCAAUCAAAAUAUCUUAGCUGAGAAACAAAUGAUGAACAAUCCACUACAUACUACGGCAACUCCUAUUCACAGCAGUAACGGUUAUAGUUCCAUUUUGGAUCGAGUCACUACAACAACACCGCCAACAGCCCAAGUGUCUCCGCGUGUAACUUCCAGUCCACCAACAUCGGCGGCGACAGUUGUUAUUACUCCAACCGCAACUGCAACCCCCUUAAACACACCCAGUUCUCCAUUGGGUGUUUCUGCUUCGCCAAGGACCGUUCCAGUUGAGGCAGUUACACCACUUCCUAAUGCCGACCAAUGGUUGGGCCAAGUAGUUAAAAGUACAUCUCCAGCUCCGAUUUUGAAGCGACCACCAACGUUGUCGUUGCAAUCACGAGCCAAGUCCAUGAGUGCUGCACCUAUGGCGGCGAAAGCGGCUCUGUCCCCCAAUGAUCCGUUCGAUGCUGAAUGGGUGGCAGGAGUGACAAAGGCGACAACGCCCGAAAUUCAUCAUAACACAAAUCCGUUUAUAUCACCGCCGAAGGCACCCGUACAAUCAUUUCAGGUGCAACUGUAGAAUAUAAGAAUUCGGUUAUACAAACAAAUAAAUAUUUAAAAAAAAAGAAAAUAACACUACCACUGCAAAAAUUUUGGAAAUGUUUAAAUUUAUUGUUUCUGUUUUAAAUAAUUAGUUGUUAUUUGUUGUUGAUAAUUAAUCUUCUACUUUAUAAAAAAAUUGCUAUUACCCGCUUCCCCCAUAUUGAUUGAGUUUGAUGUAAAGAACUAAAAAGAGCGAUAGAAAAUACGAGAGCUUUUUGAAGAAUUUUAUAAAUGAGCUUUUAAAUAAAAGAUGAUAAAUAUUCAUACAUUUUUGUUUGAUUAGAGAUAAAAUUUUCCUAAAAUUAAGUUUUUAAUAAAAAUUAUUGCAAUAAAGCUUAAAGUGUCUUAUGAUCUUUAAUUUUAGUUUUUCUGUGAUUUCUAACAAACUUGCUAGUUUCUUAAUUUUCCAUAAAAGCUUCGAUUUGUGUUUUUUUUAACAAUUUUGUUGAAUGUUUAUCUCUUAAUACAACUUUAAAAAAAGCUUCUAAUUUGACGAAAAUUACUCUGAGAACCUCUUUUAUCUCUACUGUCACUCUUUUUAUGUGUCUUAAAUCUUUCAAGAUAUAUAUUUGUUUCCUCAAUCUCAAGACCUUAAACAAAAAAAUCUCUUUUUAUUUUUCUUUGUACAAAUUGUAUUAUAUUAUUAUAUAUGUAUCAAAUUCAAAAUAAUUAUUGUAUUCUUUUUAUUUUAGACAAAAAAAAAAACAAAAAUUAACUAGUACAUAAAAUAUUGCUUGCAUAAAUUAAUAAAAAUAUAAUUGAGAAGAUAUAUAUAUUAUACAUACACAUACAUUUUCCUUGUUAUUAACUAGUUGUAGAUAUUAUUAUUAAACAAAAGAAAACAAAAACAUCAUGAACUACAAUCCCUCCAUCCUGUUUGUGCCCACCAUAGAUACUUACUUAAAAAAAAAAAAAACAAAACUAAAAAACUUUGAUUUAUCAUUUAAUGCAUUUCUUUUGUUUUGUUUCUUAAAUAUUAACAGAGAUUUUGUGAGCAUUUGCGAAAAAUCUUUUUAAAGUAGAAGAAUUUAGUAAAACGUUAAAAAAGGUUCUUGAUUUGAAGAAGGCAGUAUGAAAGCAAAUUGGAUGAUUUUAUACAUUUUAAGAUUAGUAAAAUUGGUAACAAAUUUUGUUCAAAAAAUAAUUUUAUAUUAAAAAUAACUUUUGAGAUAGUCAAAAUAAUAUUAAAGACUUUUUUUUGCUUACUAACAUUUUCUGAUAGUUCCCUAUUUCCUUCUACCAACAUUUUUGUUUUCUAUAAACUUAAGUACAUAUAUUUGAAAAUUCUUUGUCAUUGCCUUUUUCAACUAUUUAUCUUCAAUGAAACGUAAAAUAUGCCCUAAUUGCCUUUAAAUGUGGAAAAUUACAAAAUACGAACAAAUUCUAACACAAAUCCGCUUUGAUAACAUUCUCUAUAACAAUAUCUAAAGAAGAAGCCAUAUAUCUCAUCAUUUGUGUAAAGACGAAUAACGAAAUGGCAAUGCAGGCAUUAGUCAUACUUCAUUCUUUACUUUGAGGCUUUCCUCAAUUCAAAGGUUUUCUUUAAGAAUAAUGGGGGAAAUCUUCCGUAAACGUUCAUUUGAUAAAUUUCUUAGCGGAUAAUCUACAGACAAGUUGACAUAAUUUUAGAUAAUUUAGCUGCUCCUGCCUUCUAUAGACUCAUUUAAAUUCGAAUUAGUAGCUUUUUGAUAAGUUUUUCGUUUUUGAAAUAAUUUACUUUUUAAUUGAAUAUUCAAAAUUAUUUAUUAUUUUUAACAAUCCUCAUCCAUUUUUGAAAGCCUAACACAUUUUAACCCUGAAGUAUGAAAAUGAAUACUUUUAUAAUAACAUUCAAUCCCUUAAAGUUUCCACACUUCCAUAAUUGAAAAUAAAAACUUACAAAAUUCUUCUGUAAAAAAGUGUAAAGGUUUUCAAUCUUAAACUAAAACUUAACAAAAUCCAUCCCACUGACAGAUAUUUUAAUGCAAUUAAAAAAAUGUAUCCAAAAAAUAUAAAAAAUCAUUUUAAGAAUACAUAUUUUAUAGUUACACACGCACCUUGUUCCACAAAAAACAAAAAAGAAAUAAAAUUAAUAAAUUAAAUUAAUAAAAAAGAAAAGAAAACUGAAUUAUGCACCAAAUUGAAAUGAAAUUUUAACUUCUUAAAUGUUAAACUAAAGUAAUAUUUACUCACAAAAAUCGAAAAUAUUAUUAAACAUCGUCGCUAAAGCAAAAUAGAAAAUCUAAAUGUGAGAAAAGAAAUCCAGUUUUAGAUAAAAUAUACUUAUAGAAAAUAUUAAAUAAAUAAAAUGAAUGCUACUAAACAAAAAAGUAAAGAAAACUUAGAAUACCUACAAAAAUAUUUACCAUAUUUGUAUUAAUUUUAAAUAAAACCUUACAAAAAUCACUCUGUUAAACCAUAAGAAAUAAAUUAAAAUUAAAAUUAAAUCUAUAAAAUAUAUUAAACAAAAGAAAAUAAAAUCAAAGUUUUUUUUUUAAUAGAUUAAUACUUAAGGCACAAACAAAACGAUAUAUUUUUUCCAUAAAUUUAAAUUAAAUCUUAAAUUCACUGCACAAGGAAAGACUUACAUUAAAAAUAAAACAUCCAUCAACAAAUUAUAUUCUUUGCUAAAAAAAGUAUUACAAAUUACGUUUGUUCUUAAAACUAUGUACUUAAAUUAAAUGCAAAAACAAGAAAAGAUUCUUGCUGAACAAAUCAUAUCUGGACGCUCUAUAUGAUGAAAAAUUGUAUUUUUGUUUAAAUUUAAAUUUAUCAAUUGUUAUGCUCCCUGCGUUGUAAGCGAUCAGUAAUUAUAACAAAAAAUAAAAAUCUACAUUCCAGCUGAUCUCUUCAAAAUAAAUACUUUUAAUAUAUAAAACAGCAGAACAAAGACAAAGCAAUGCAUAUCUCAUUUCUUUUUAUAAACAA